AUGACGAAGUGGCUCCUUCUCCUCCACCUCGCGCUCGUCCUGUCGUCUUGCAGUGGUGGUGCUACGUCUCCAGCAUUCGAAAAGCUGUCCGAGUUGAGAUCGCCUGACGAAGAUCAAGCUACGCCGCCAGACGUGACUGGCGAUGGGAAUGCGCUUCGUGCCGCCACCGUCCCCGACGAAGACCCUCUUGAAGAACGGGGCAUCGAUGGUGUUGCAGGAAUCAUGGGGAGACUUUCUGCCCGCGCGAACCCGUUUCUUCGCACCAGGCACAAGGAAAGCGUACCCGUGUCGGACUUGAAGGUGGAGGAUCUAGUCGGAGCUGCUAGAGUUUUAGAAGAGGCCUUGGUUUGGAAAGCUCGAUUUGCUCUUCUGUACUCACUCGGAUACAACGAAAAAACGGUCCGGGCAGCCCUGGAAGAGGUGGCGAGGACCCGUCAUUCUUUGUCUCCUUUGCAUGUGGACAUUAUCGCCGCAGCGUACGCCGUCUACCGCGCAGAGCAGAACGUUAUAGCGGCCGAACAAUUUUCGAAAUUGAUGAAAAAGCAUCCCUGGACCCGGACGCCCCCUUCGAACAACCGGAAAGCGGCGGCAGCCCCAUCAAACGGCCUGCAACUGGCGUCCCCUUCAAGUGACCAGAAACGGACAGCUCGAGCCAGCGGCGAAGAAGGCCCCUCCCCACGCAGUGUUCUGGAUCUGACUUCUCCACCCAGGGCUCGUAAGUACUCGAUAACACCUUUCAUCAGAGACCUGGCUAAAAAACAUGAUGCCCUACUUGAACAAAAACGCCUCGCCGAAGAGGUGAAGUCCGAGAACCUGAAAGAGAUGAACGAGGCCAUUGCGUGGAUGAAUGGAGAGAAACCGCUGUUUCAAAAGGCUCUAAAACAUCAUGACAUUCAACCAAGGGAAGGUCCUUACUAG